UGCAGAUUUCAGACCGGUUAGUUUCUCGCCGAUACCGAGGAGGACGCCGGGGUACCGAGCCCCUCAUAUCUGUCUGUUAAAGAAGAGGAAAGCCGUAUCGCCACGUUAACCAACCGGGACGACGAAUUUAACAACUGACCGGAUACGACAAAUUAGACGUCAAAGCAUCGAAGUUGGGGCGUUUUGUACAACUUUGAGCUGUCAGUUGCGGUGAGGCAGGUCCGGGAAGAAGACUUCCAGCCGAGGGGACCCCCGAGCGGCCCGGUUAAACAUCAGCGACCGAAGCCGGGGAGCAGGGAGCCGCGGAGCCGGGGAGCGGCGCGUCGGCCAGCGGAUCUACAGUCAAGUUUUUAAGAAGAGAAGUAAUCACUUGGUGCCGGGUCAUCCGGACAGAGACCUCAUGAAUGGAAAUCGGAACAACAGGAGUCGUUGGAGCAGCCGCUGAAGCCCAAGCUCUUUUUUCAUUGCCACGGCGACCCGGCUAUGGCACCCUUGGGAAGCCCAUUAAGCUUCUGGCAAACUGCUUCCAGGUGGAGAUACCCAAGAUCGAUGUCUAUCUGUAUGAGGUGGACAUCAAGCCUGACAAAUGUCCCCGCCGGGUCAACAGGGAGGUGGUGGACUCUAUGGUUCAGCAUUUCAAGGUGACCAUCUUUGGUGACUGUCUGCCUGUUUACGAUGGGAAGAAAAGCCUCUACACUGCUACCCCACUUCCUGUCGCCACUGGUGGGGUGGAUCUGGAUGUCACCCUGCCAGGUGAUGGUGGAAAAGACCGCCCAUUUAAAGUCACCAUCAGGUUCGUGUCGUUGGUCAGCUGGCACAUGUUGCAUGAAGUCUUGACGGGACGCGGUGUGGCUCAGCCGAUUGACCUGGAGAAACCCAUCAGCACCAACCCUGUUCACGCCGUUGAUGUCGUCCUUCGACACUUGCCUUCCAUGAAGUACACGCCUGUCGGACGAUCGUUCUUCUCCUCCCCAGAGGGCUACGACCACCCGCUGGGUGGAGGGAGAGAGGUUUGGUUUGGCUUCCAUCAGUCAGUACGGCCGGCCAUGUGGAAAAUGAUGCUCAACAUUGAUGUGUCAGCCACCGCUUUCUAUAAAGCCCAGCCGGUCAUCCAGUUUAUGUGUGAGGUCCUGGACAUUCACAACAUUGAUGAGCAGCCCCGCCCUCUCACCGACUCCCACAGGGUCAAGUUCACCAAAGAGAUCAAAGGUCUUAAAGUGGAAGUGACACACUGUGGAACCAUGCGUAGGAAGUACAGAGUCUGCAAUGUAACACGACGCCCUGCCAGCCUCCAGACAUUUCCUUUGCAGCUCGAGAGCGGUCAGACGGUUGAACGCACAGUCGCGCAGUACUUCAGGGAGAAGUACAACCUGCAGCUGAAGUACCCCCACCUGCCCUGUCUGCAGGUGGGCCAGGAGCAGAAACACACCUACCUGCCCCUGGAGGUGUGCAACAUCGUACCUGGACAGCGCUGCAUAAAAAAACUCACAGACAACCAGACAUCCACCAUGAUCAAAGCAACAGCCCGAUCUGCACCAGACAGGCAGGAGGAGAUCAGCAGGCUGGUGAGGAGUGCAAAUUACGAGGCCGACCCAUUCGUUCAGGAGUUCCAGUUCCGCGUGCGAGAUGAGAUGGCUCAGGUGACGGGCCGCGUCCUUCCGGCCCCCAUGCUGCAAUAUGGCGGCAGGGUGAGCUCUGAACCAUUUAUGCCCCAGCAGAUCAACCCUGCACUGUCGUUGCAGAACCGCACGGUGGCCACGCCCAGCCACGGCGUGUGGGACAUGAGGGGGAAGCAGUUUCACACCGGAGUGGAGAUCAAGAUGUGGGCCAUCGCCUGCUUCGCCACCCAGAGGCAGUGCCGAGAAGAGAUCCUCAAGAGCUUCACCGACCAGCUGCGUAAAAUUUCAAAGGAUGCUGGGAUGCCAAUCCAAGGCCAGCCGUGUUUUUGUAAAUACGCCCAGGGAGCCGACAGCGUUGAGCCCAUGUUCAGACACCUGAAGAACACCUACGCUGGGCUUCAGCUCAUCAUCGUCAUCCUGCCGGGGAAGACACCCGUCUACGCUGAGGUGAAGCGUGUGGGUGACACCCUCCUUGGCAUGGCCACUCAGUGUGUGCAGGUGAAGAACGUGGUGAAGACGUCCCCUCAGACCCUCUCAAACCUCUGCCUCAAGAUCAACGUCAAGCUGGGAGGAAUCAACAACAUCCUGGUUCCACACCAACGACCCUCUGUGUUCCAGCAGCCUGUCAUCUUCCUCGGGGCUGAUGUCACUCAUCCUCCAGCAGGAGACGGGAAAAAGCCAUCUAUUGCAGCGGUGGUCGGCAGCAUGGACGCCCACCCCAGCAGGUACUGUGCUACAGUUCGGGUCCAGAGGCCCAGACAGGAAGUCAUCCAGGACUUGGCCUCCAUGGUGCGAGAGCUCCUGAUCCAGUUUUACAAAUCGACCCGUUACAAGCCGACCAGGAUCAUCUUCUACAGGGACGGAGUGUCAGAGGGACAGUUCAGACAGGUGCUGUACUACGAGCUGUUGGCCAUCAGGGAGGCUUGCAUCAGUCUAGAGAAAGAAUAUCAGCCCGGGAUCACUUACAUUGUAGUACAGAAACGCCAUCACACACGUCUCUUCUGUGCAGAUCGCAACGAGCGGGUUGGACGAAGUGGAAACAUUCCUGCCGGCACAACAGUGGACACAGACAUCACACACCCCUACGAGUUUGACUUUUACCUCUGCAGUCACGCUGGAAUCCAGGGUACGAGCCGGCCUUCCCACUACCACGUUCUGUGGGACGACAACUGUUUCACCGGCGACGAGUUCCAGCUCCUCACCUACCAGCUGUGCCACACCUACGUCCGCUGCACACGCUCCGUCUCCAUCCCAGCACCGGCCUACUACGCCCAUCUGGUGGCCUUCCGCGCCCGCUACCAUCUGGUUGACAAAGAGCACGACAGUGCGGAGGGCAGCCACGUCUCAGGGCAGAGUAACGGCAGGGACCCCCAGGCGCUGGCCAAGGCUGUUCAGAUCCACCACGACACACUGACGACCAUGUAUUUCGCCUGAAUGCCUCCCUUCACUUCCCUCCAUCUCUCCCAGCCAGUCCAAGUGUCUGACUCCCAUCAGCUGCUUCGUCUCGUCACGCAGAGCGACCCCUCCCUCCGUGUCUGUGCUGGUGCAGCUUUGGUCACUGGAUCUCUAUGACGGCGGCUGCGACUGCGUGAAGAUGUAAUAAGCCAGAGAGGAGUUACAGCCACAUUAUGCAAUUUGAAACCAGCCAAUCUUUCCUGUGCUCCAGCCCACGCAUCUCUCUCUUCACCUCCGCUGCUGUAUUGAAAUCACAAAAGGAUUCUGUCUCCUUUUUUUUAAAGCUCGCAAGUCACAUCGUCGCCUUUCCGUUUUGACAGCAGCUCAAAGGUUUUUUUCUGAUUUGGUUUUUUUUUUUUUUUGGUGCAUGGGUGGAAGCAGAACCAGUGAGGACACUGACGCUGAGCCUAAUGUUGCUGGUUUAUAUUGUAGACGGUUUUACAUGUUUGUUCGUGAGUUUUCAGCUUGUCUAGAUUUAAUACUUUUAUUUCUCUGUCGAGCAAAUGUGUGAUUGUGAGUACGCUCGUUAAAAACAAAAGCUUCGCCCUUAUUUCACCCCCUCAAAACGGCAGGCUGCCUUAGCGGUUACACUUCUUCUGUUUCCCUUUAAGCCAACGGUUUCCUCGCAGCCGUUCAGCCGGACAGUAAGAAGCGUAACUCUGCACUCUGAACACAGACACUGAAUGAAAUCUUAAUUUAUAUUUUUUAAAUCAAAGCCACGUACAGCCAUCGAUGAGGUGAUCGCUCGAUGCCUUACUGCAAGGCGAGGUGCAUAAAGACGACUGUUAGAACACGACGCCAUGGUUUUAAACCUCUCUUAGAGUUCUGCUUGUGUUAUACCAAACGUUUCUUGUGUAUUUUAUUCCGCUUGCUAUUUAUGAGUUUUACUUUUUAACUGAAAUUAACAUUCAGCAAUAGAGCAGACAGUUUAGAUCCUCCGACGACCACAAAACUUUUGAUUUUUCACAGUUUUUACACGAGGAACUGACCAAUCUUAGUUGUCAUGAACUCCUUCAGUGCAAUAAGGUGUUGACGCAGGGCGAGCAGGUUCAGUGGUGAAUGUUUUCAAUAAGUAUUCGUGUUGUGAAAAUUGUUUACUAUGAGUGAGUUUUGGCAAGUGAUGAUGAACUUGGAUUCAGGAAUGUGCCGUAGGACCGAUGCUGCAGAUGUAAGGUCUGAUGGCGUUUGGAGAGAUUAAUCAAAGUGCCUGAUUUGUUUAGAGAGUGGACUGUUUGCUGGAUGGAAGGUUUUUAAUCGUACGUAGGUUUGGGUGCCUCUGUUAAAACAUUUAGAAAAAUGCUCUCAGAAUCAUGGAGCAGGACUGUAGUUCAUUUCAAUGCAAGCCACAAAACGUUUGUGUGAUUAUUAUGAUUUUUUUUUUCUUCUCGUGAUCAGGAAAUAAUAACUUCCAUAUCCAGUUAACACGUUUUGUUUACGUGUGAUCCCGAAA